CAGUGCGACCUUCCAAGCAUGGCGGGAGGCGGGGAUGGGGCGUGUCCUGCAGCGGAAUAAUUUAAAGGUGCCGCGUCUGAGGCAGCGGGGAGAAAACUAGGGGUGUUGGCCGAAGCUGGGUGGACCUGGUUGCAGCUCCUGAGUGGUCCGAGUUUCCAUCGACCGAGCAAAGGUGUCCCUUCGAGGACUGUUAGAGAGCUUCAGCUUUGUCCUGGAUUGAUUUGUCCUGAUUCCGGGUAACACCUCAGGGCCCUGCGAUCCCUCUAAAUUCCCAUGAAUAGUCUAAAGGCAUCAGAAAGAUCUCCAGCGUCCAAGAAGAGUCCCGGUAGCGUUCCUACCUUCCCCGGUAUCUUCCUGGAAGCUCCUAGACUCCUAAGUAGUUAUGUGUAUCUCCGGAUCUCAGUAACUUUCCAGUGCGUCGUUCCUCCUACCCUCCCCCAAUUCCGGCGUCCCUGGUUACACAUCCUGCAUCAUUCCACUAAUCCCAGGGAUGCUCCGCACCGCGAGACCCGCAGUACUCCCUCUAGACGCUCUCACCACAACCCGGGCGAAUGGAGGAGUCACUCCAGCCAAAGGACUGCAGGCUACAAGACCUGCUACCUAGUCCGAAACAAUCAAUGGAGGCCCCACUGCAAACCGGAAUGGUGCUGGGCGUGAUGAUCGGGGCCGGAGUGGCGGUGCUGGUCACCGCCGUGCUCAUCCUCUUGGUGGUGCGAAGGCUGCGGGUGCAGAAAACUCCAGCCCCGGAGGGUCCCCGGUAUCGGUUCCGGAAGCGGGACAAAGUGCUUUUCUAUGGCCGGAAGAUUAUGCGGAAGGUGUCACAGUCCACUUCUUCCCUGGUGGACACAUCAGUCUCCACCACUUCCCGGCCCCGCAUGAAGAAAAAACUGAAGAUGCUUAACAUUGCCAAGAAGAUCUUGCGUAUCCAAAAGGAGACUCCGACCCUACAACGGAAGGAGCCCCCACCUUCAGUGCUGGAGGCUGACCUCACAGAGGGAGACCUGGCCAAUUCCCACCUACCUUCUGAGGUACUCUACAUGCUUAAGAAUGUUCGGGUGCUGGGUCACUUUGAGAAGCCGCUCUUCCUUGAGCUCUGCCGGCACAUGGUCUUCCAGCGUCUUGGGCAGGGGGACUACGUUUUUCGGCCCGGUCAACCAGAUGCCAGCAUCUACGUGGUUCAAGAUGGGCUGCUGGAGCUCUGCCUACCAGGGCCUGAUGGGAAGGAGUGUGUGGUGAAGGAGGUGGUUCCCGGAGACAGCGUCAACAGCCUUCUGAGCAUCCUUGAUGUCAUCACCGGUCACCAGCAUCCCCAGCGGACUGUGUCAGCCAGGGCUGCACGGGACUCCACAGUGCUGAGACUCCCAGUAGAAGCCUUCUCCGCUGUCUUCACCAAGUACCCUGAGAGUUUGGUGCGAGUGGUACAGAUCAUCAUGGUGAGGCUGCAGAGAGUCACCUUCCUGGCGCUUCACAAUUACCUGGGUCUGACCAAUGAACUCUUCAGUCAUGAGAUCCAGCCCCUACGCCUUUUCCCCAGCCCUGGCCUCCCGACCCGAACCAGCCCUGUCCGUGGCUCUAAACGGGUAGUCAGCACCUCAGGUACCGAGGACACCUCAAAGGAGACCUCUGGCCGGCCCCUGGACUCCAUUGGAGCUCCUCUGCCUGGACCUGCAGGGGAUCCCGUGAAGCCCACAUCCUUAGAAGCCCCCCCAGCCCCGUUACUGAGCCGCUGCAUCUCCAUGCCAGUAGACAUCUCAGGCUUGCAAGGUGGCCCUCGUUCUGAUUUUGAUAUGGCCUAUGAGCGUGGACGGAUAUCUGUUUCUCUUCAAGAAGAGGCAUCUGGGGGACCUCAGACAGCAUCCCCUAGGACCCCCACUCAGGAGCUCCGGGAGCAGCCAGCGGGUGCCUGUGAAUAUAGCUACUGUGAGGAUGAGUCAGCCACAGGCGGAUGUCCCUUUGGGCCCUACCAGGGCCGCCAGACAAGCAGCAUCUUUGAGGCUGCGAAGAGAGAGCUAGCCAAGCUAAUGCGGAUUGAGGACCCCUCUCUACUGAACAGCAGAGUCUUGCUACAUCAUGCCAAAGCUGGCACCAUCAUAGCCCGCCAAGGGGACCAGGAUGUGAGCCUGCACUUUGUGCUCUGGGGCUGCCUGCACGUGUACCAGCGCAUGAUUGACAAGGCUGAGGAAGUGUGCCUAUUUGUGGCACAGCCAGGGGAGCUGGUGGGGCAACUGGCGGUGCUCACUGGGGAGCCCCUCAUCUUCACACUACGUGCCCAGAGAGACUGCACCUUCCUGAGGAUCUCCAAAUCCCACUUCUAUGAGAUCAUGCGUGCACAGCCCAGUGUGGUGCUGAGUGCAGCUCACACGGUGGCUGCUAGGAUGUCCCCCUUCGUGCGCCAGAUGGACUUUGCCAUUGACUGGACCGCUGUGGAAGCUGGUCGUGCGCUCUACAGGCAGGGAGACCGCUCCGACUGCACCUACAUUGUACUCAAUGGACGUCUCCGUAGUGUCAUCCAACGAGGCAGUGGCAAGAAGGAGCUAGUUGGGGAGUAUGGUCGAGGGGAUCUCAUUGGCGUGGUGGAGGCACUGACCCGGCAGCCACGAGCCACCACUGUGCAUGCUGUGCGAGACACCGAGUUGGCCAAGCUUCCCGAGGGCACCUUAGGCCACAUCAAACGUCGGUACCCACAGGUUGUGACCCGCCUUAUUCAUCUGCUAAGCCAGAAAAUUCUAGGCAAUCUGCAGCAGUUGCAAGGACCCUUUCCAGGCUCCGGGCUCAGUGUUCCACAGCACUCGGAGCUGACCAACCCAGCCAGCAAUCUGUCUACUGUAGCUAUCCUUCCUGUGUGCACUGAGGUGCCCAUGGUGGCCUUUACUCUGGAACUGCAGCAUGCUCUGCAAGCUAUUGGUCCCACGCUCCUCCUUAACAGUGACGUCAUCCGGGCACUCCUGGGGGCUUCAGCGCUGGAUAGCAUUCAAGAAUUCCGGCUGUCAGGGUGGUUGGCCCAGCAGGAAGAUGCCCAUCGCAUUGUGCUCUACCAAACUGACACAUCCCUGACUCCUUGGACCGUCCGUUGUCUGCGCCAGGCCGACUGCAUCCUCAUUGUGGGCCUGGGGGACCAGGAACCCACUGUUGGCCAGCUGGAGCAAAUGUUAGAGAACACUGCCGUCCGUGCCUUGAAGCAACUGGUUUUGCUGCACCGGGAGGAAGGCCCUGGCCCCACGCGCACUGUAGAGUGGCUCAACAUGCGCAGCUGGUGCUCAGGGCACCUGCACCUGCGUUGUCCUCGCCGCCUCUUCUCACGGCGCAGCCCAGCGAAACUUCAUGAGCUGUAUGAGAAGGUUUUCUCCAGGCGUGCAGACCGUCACAGCGACUUCUCCCGCUUGGCACGAGUACUCACGGGAAACACUAUUGCUCUGGUGCUGGGUGGGGGCGGAGCCAGAGGCUGCUCACAUAUUGGGGUGCUGAAGGCAUUAGAGGAGGCAGGGGUCCCAGUCGACCUUGUGGGAGGCACAUCCAUAGGUUCCUUCAUUGGGGCCUUGUAUGCCGAGGAACGCAGCGCCAGCCGAACUAAACAACGAGCCCGGGAGUGGGCCAAGAGCAUGACUUCUGUACUGGAGCCUGUAUUGGACCUCACAUAUCCUGUCACCUCCAUGUUUACUGGCUCAGCCUUUAACAGAAGUAUACACCGUGUCUUCCAGGAUAAGCAGAUUGAGGACCUGUGGCUGCCUUACUUCAAUGUGACCACAGACAUCACUGCCUCCGCCAUGCGUGUCCAUAAAGAUGGCUCCCUGUGGCGGUAUGUGCGUGCCAGCAUGACGCUCUCGGGCUACCUACCCCCGCUGUGCGACCCGAAGGAUGGGCACCUGCUCAUGGAUGGUGGCUACAUCAACAACCUGCCAGCGGAUAUCGCCAGAAGCAUGGGAGCCAAAACAGUCAUUGCCAUCGACGUUGGAAGCCAGGAUGAGACAGACCUCAGCACCUAUGGGGACAGCCUGUCUGGCUGGUGGUUGCUGUGGAAACGGCUAAACCCCUGGGCAGACAAGGUAAAGGUUCCAGACAUGGCUGAAAUUCAGUCCCGCUUGGCGUACGUGUCUUGUGUGCGGCAGCUAGAAGUCGUCAAGUCCAGCUCCUAUUGCGAGUACCUUCGUCCAUCCAUUGACUGCUUCAAGACCAUGGACUUUGGAAAGUUUGACCAGAUCUAUGAUGUGGGUUACCAGUAUGGGAAGGCUGUCUUUGGAGGCUGGACCCGUGGUGAAGUCAUUGAGAAAAUGCUCACAGACCGGAGAUCUACAGACCUUAAUGAGAGUCGCCGUGCAGAUAUACUUGCCUUCCCAAGUUCUGGCUUCACUGACUUGGCUGAGAUUGUGUCCCGGAUCGAGCCACCAACAAGCUAUGUCUCUGAUGGCUGUGCUGAUGGGGAGGAGUCGGAUUGCUUGACAGAGUAUGAGGAAGAUGCAGGACCAGACUGCUCAAGAGAUGAAGGGGGCUCCCCUGAGGGUGCCAGCCCUAGCACUGCCUCAGAGGUGGAAGAAGAGAAGUCCACUCUCCGGCAACGCCGCUUUCUGCCUCAGGAGACUCCCAGCUCAGUAGCAGAUGCCUGAGGAUCUUGACAGGGAACCCUGUUCCUAGACCGGGUUAUGGGUGAGCUUGUGGGGGAGCUCACACUAUUAUUCCCACUGCUGCUAUACUUCGACACUCCCUGGGCCCUUCCCCCUUGGCUCCAAGGACCACACACUGGACUGACUUGCCCUGUCCCUAAGGGGAGGGCAGAACUGCACUGAUAACUAUGUGACCUUCCCCCAAAUAAACUCUUGCCCCUUUUGAAGCA